ACGUGGCGCGUGGUCUAGGUGAGCACUUGGCUGAUCUCCCAUCUUUACAACAACAACACCGGCAUUGAAGCAACGUUCACCAUGAUGUCGGAGUGUUACAUUGACUUGGACUUGAUGACCAAUUAUACCCUGACCAGUGGGAAUAAGACCAAUUUUAACACUAGCGCUGGUAAUAGGAGCAGUACUAAGUCCAGCAUCAAUUCAAGGAAUAUUAACAAUAACCUGAACCAUUGCGUGUUGGAUAUGGACUUGAUGGUCGACUCAACUGGACAAAAGAUGGCCGCCUACAGCGUGUCCAGGAACACCGUGGACCUGGCCAUUGACCCCUUGAUCCUGUGCAAGCUCUGCCUGUCUGAGUGUCCGUUGGAAGACAUGUAUGAGCUCUUUGAAUGCAAGUGCCUCUUCUGUGAAAUGUGCAUGAAGCAGUAUCUAUGUGUGAUGAUAGCUGAGGGUAUGGUGACUGACAUAACCUGCCCAGACGCCCAGUGUAGGAAGCAAGGGACAGUCACAACAGAUGAGAUAGAGAAGCUUGUAGACAGACAGACAUUUCUACGAUACAAGCGCCUACAUUUCCAACGAGAGGUUGACCUUGACCCCUACAGGACAUUCUGUCCAGAAAUAGGCUGUGAGACUGUGUGCCAUGUCUGCUCGUCACAAACCCACCUGGGUGGGGGGGCCACAUCGUCCAUGUCUGCUGCCAUACCUGUCAUGUGUCCUACGUGUGGUCUCCAGUUCUGUUCCAUAUGCAAGUCAAAGUGGCACGCCUCAAAAUCAUGUGAUGAAGUUGUCACGUCAGCGCCUUUAGAGGAAUUAGGUAUCCCUUUCCACAACACCGACGACGCCAAGAUAAAAAGGUGUCCAGUGUGUCAUGUACCCAUUGAACGCAACGAUGGCUGCGCACAGAUGAUGUGUAAGCGGUGUAAGCAUGUCUUCUGCUGGUACUGUCUGCAGUCUUUAGAUGACGACUUCCUUCUUCGCCACUAUGACAAGGGGCCCUGUAAGAAUAAACUUGGUCACUCUAGAGCCUCUGUUAUUUGGCACAGAACCCAGGUGGUUGGUAUUUUUGCUGGGUUUGGUGUACUGCUGUUGGUUGCAUCCCCUUUCUUGCUGUUGGCCGCCCCUUGCAUCCUGUGCUGCAAGUGUAAAAUUUGUCGAUGCUGUGAUGAGGAGGAAGGGGAGGGGUUCUCAACUUGAUGAGUCUCUAGACACCUGUAGCCCCCUCUCUUGAAAUCCAUGUGCUACUCAUGGUUGCCUCUUUGGCUUAUGUGAACAAGCUGGCCAGGUGGCCGUUGAAUUUCUAGUUAAAACUAAAAAAAAGCAGCUGGACUUACUUUGUGAUUAUAUGUUGAUAUUAUAUUAUGUGGAUGACUAAUGGACAGAGACAUGGAGCUUUGUGGAUAUAAUUACGAUUUCGGGCUGAAUUCAUUCUCAAGUUUGGAUUAGGUCUUUGUCUAUCGAGGGUGUAGAUAUUAGACUUGGCGUGGUUUGAUCUAGUUCAGGUUUGAACAAGCUGGUCUGGUAUUUAUUGUGUUUCACUCUUUGUGUUUUUUUCUCUGUUCUGAGAACGCCAAGAAUCCUGCCUUUAUACUGUUGUUGGGGAUUCAGUCAAGUCAGAGGCAGGCGAUGGUCCAGUAUAAUGCUACAGUGCCUGUUCUACUGGCUCAGCCAGGCUCUGCUCCCCUACAAAUGAUGCCCUGCAGAAUGUAAUUUAUAGAUUAAAACUGUUAAAAGAGAACUGUUUGGAAAUAUGAAAAAGCUGGUUGGGGAAAAGCCAGCGAAACGUUACAAGGAUCAGAAAAUGUUUCCCUCCUCUAGUUCACAGUUUCUGGUGGAACUGGAUAACAAAUUAUUUAUUUAUAACUUGUACAAAUUCCAUC